AUGCUUCACAUAUACUACUUUGUAAUGCUUGGUAAGGUAAGAAAACGUUACCGAAGGGCUUAUCAAGUACGUGGUCCAACCUUAGAACAGCAGAUUGUUGACCAUGUGGACGACGGUGGUCCACGUGAAUAUUAUUUAGUGAAGGGACGAAAACCUCGUUCUACGCCUAUAAAAAGGAGGAAGAAACGAGGUGGUCGUCGUCGCCCUGCUGGUCGUGGUUGUGGUGUACGUCGCCGCAUGAUUAUUGAUAUUCAUUUAGAAGUCUUAGACGAAUGUCAAAAAGGGGACUUGCAUUCGACGAAAGAAGGCUUUUUUGAAAUUUUGGUUCAAGAAUUUAUGGGAUCAAAUUUUAUGAAAGUGGAAGAUGUUCCUAAGGAAGAGGUUCCAUGUUUAGAUUCCGGGUUUAGGAAGGAAGAUUUUCGUCCUAAGGAACAAGUUCAAUGUUCAGAUGCCGGGUUUAGGGUGUAG